AUGACGAAUUCGGAUUUAAAUAGAUUGCUCGAGUUCAAGCGGCUAUAUUCGUUCGUUGAACUCAACGAAUUUAGAAUCGCUUGUUUUAAUCUUGUGGCGUUCAGACUGGCAACAAGCUUAGCAUUUCAAUGGAUGAAAGAUUAUUCAGUAGUCACGUCAGGCACUGAGGUACUCUUGGCUUUCGGAAUUGUAGGCCAUGUAAUAGUAUGCCAGAAUAAUCCGACAAUAAUUAAGUAUCAUCAUCCAAAACAGUUGAAUUCUAAAAGUGUAUUAUUAAAUUACGAAAUUGACUCAGACAUUGAAAAAACCGUUAAAGCGACAAGGAGACGAGGUGUCAUGAAAAUAAUCCUUGAUCCUAAUGACGGGUUACUCGUGCCAAUUGGCCCCGGACCGGGAAUCGAACCCGGAUCUUUUGGUUACGCACUAAGGGCUCGGACAGUUAAGCUAUCUGAGACAUCGCCCGCAACAACCUUUCAGUCACCUAAUACUUUUUUGUUUAACACGAUAAAAAAAUAUUUAUUAAAAUAUAGUCGAUAUAACUAUCUAUCAAUAUUAAAUAAGGGCUUAAUCAUCUUGAUUAACUAUAACUCAGAAAUCAGAAAAAUAAUUCGAAAAACCCGGACCGGAGAUCGAACCUGGAUCCUUUGGGUACGCACUAAGGGCUCGGACAGUUGCGCUAUCUGA